GCGGAGGUGGUUCGCUCCUUUUCCGCCAGCCGCCGGUUCCAUGCACAUGGCCUGCUAGAGCGUCCGAGCCUCGAGUUGCACUCCGUGUCGGGCUGUGAGCAGAGCUGGCUGCGCUAACAUCGGACGGUACCCCCAGGAACACACGCACAUCCACUCACAGGAGCCCAGAGGCGGCCUGAGCCGUGCUGGGUCAUGCAGGACACCGACAACAUGGUGGCCGACGGCGAGCUGGAGCUGGACGAGGAGGACAUCUCCUUCAGCGACCCGGAGGACUUCGUGGAUGAUGUGGACGAUGAUGAGCUGCUUUCUGAUAUUGUGGCCGAGCGCCCACAAGAAACCGAUGGCAUAGACUCUGUAGUCGUGGUGGAUAAUGUACCGCAGGUUGGUCCUGAUCGCUUGGAGAAACUCAAGAAUGUCAUCAAUAAGAUCUUUUCCAAGUUUGGGAAAAUUACAAAUGAAUUCUAUCCCGAUAGUGAUGGGCUUACUAAGGGGUAUAUUUUUCUUGAGUACUCUUUGCCAACUCAAGCGCAGGAAGCCGUAAAGGGAGCCGAUGGCUACAAACUUGACAAGCAACACACAUUUCGCGUGAAUCUCUUCACUGACUUUGAUAAAUAUAUGGUCAUUGGUGAUGAGUGGGAUGUUCCUGAGAAGCAGCCUUUUAAAGACUUUGGCAACCUUCGUUCAUGGCUUGAAGAUGCAGACUGUAGAGAUCAAUUCAGUGUUAUAUUCGAAUCAGGAGACCGAACUACCAUCUUCUGGAAUGAUGUGAAAGAGCCUGUUCCAGUUGAGGAGAGAGCGCGUUGGACAGAAACAUACGUUCGUUGGUCUCCCAGAGGCAACUACCUGGCCACGUUUCACCAGAGAGGGAUUGCCUUGUGGGGAGGGGAGAAAUUCAAGCAAAUACAGAGGUUCAGCCAUCAAGGGGUCCAACUCAUUGACUUCUCACCAUGUGAAAGAUAUCUGGUUACAUUUAGCCCUCUAAUGGACACCGAAGAUGACCCCCAAGCCAUCAUUAUUUGGGACACACUCACAGGGCAAAAGAAGAGAGGAUUCCAUUGUGAAAGCUCUGCACAUUGGCCUAUAUUUAAGUGGAGUCACGAUGGCAAAUUCUUUGCCCGAAUGACACUAGAUACACUCAGUAUCUAUGAAACUCCAUCUAUGGGUCUUCUGGAUAAGAAGAGUUUGAAAAUCACUGGAAUAAAGGACUUCUCGUGGUCUCCUGGUGGUAAUAUCAUUGCCUUCUGGGUACCUGAAGAUAAAGAUAUACCUGCCAGAGUGACAUUGAUGCAGCUUCCUUCCAGACAAGAGAUCAGAGUCAGGAAUCUCUUUAACGUUGUUGAUUGUAAGCUCCACUGGCAAAAGAACGGAGAUUAUCUCUGCGUCAAGGUCGACAGAACACCCAAAGGCACACAGGGCGUAGUAACAAAUUUUGAAAUCUUCAGAAUGAGAGAGAAGCAGGUCCCUGUCGAUGUGGUAGAAAUGAAAGAUUGCAUCAUCGCUUUUGCGUGGGAACCAAAUGGAAGCAAGUUUGCUGUACUGCAUGGAGAGGUCCCAAGAAUAUCAGUGUCUUUCUAUUAUGUGAAAAACAACGGCAAAAUUGAUCUUAUUAAAACCUAUGACAAGCAGCAGGCUAAUUCAAUAUUUUGGAGUCCCCAGGGUCAGUUCUUAGUUUUGGCUGGUUUGCGAAGCAUGAAUGGUGCAUUAGCCUUUGUGGACACCUCCGACUGCACCAUAAUGAACGUUGCCGAGCACUAUACAGCUUCCGAUGUGGAAUGGGAUCCAACGGGCCGUUACGUAGUGACAUCUGUGUCAUGGUGGAGCCACAAAGUGGAUAAUGCUUACUGGCUAUGGACCUUCCAGGGCCGUCUGCUUCAGAAGAACAGCAAGGAUAGGUUCUGCCAACUUCUCUGGAGGCCAAGACCCCCGACUUUGCUUAGCCCAGAUGAAAUAAAAACAAUCAAAAAGGAUUUGAAGAAAUACUCAAAGAUAUUUGAGCAGAAGGAUCGUUUAAGUCAGUCCAAGGCCUCAAAGGAACUUGUGGAACGUAGAAAGACCAUGAUGGAUGAGUAUAAGAGUUAUCGGGAGAUGGCGCAGAAGCUUUACCUGGAUCAGAAAGAAGCACGUCUGGAGCUACGAGGUGUGGAUACAGACGAGCUGGACAGCAACAUAGAAGACUGGGAGGAGGAGACGAUUGAGUUCUUUUGUACUGAAGAAAUUUUCCCCCUGGAGGAGUAGUCCCGUAAAUUCUGCGCCUUGUCUCAUCUAGCAGUGACCGUUCUUCUGAGUCCAAAAAAACCCGCCAAAGGUUCUAUUUUAUUCCUUCAUCUGCGACCUUGAAUGGACGUUGCGUGUCUCCUUAAUGAAGUUGUGCCUUUUUAGUCUUCUUUUGAAGAGUUUACAAAAGAGCACUUCUUUUUAUUAAUUAUUAACUCUUGUUCAAAGUAUCGCAACCUGAUCAUCAUUGGCUUCAAAACCAUGAAAUCUACACACUCCCCAUCGCUGGUUUUUACCCGGCCAGUCCGUGAUGCCCUGGAUUGGUGUUUAGCAGCUCAAGGUGCUCUGGUUCAACUAAUGAAGAAUAGCUUUUUGUACUUCCACACAAAACAGAGAGUGAACUGUUCUGGCUGGCGGAAAAAUAUUAAACCAACAAGUCGACUUUAUGCACAUUUUAGUGUACUGAACCAGCAUUAUAGCGGACUGUAUCCACCUCCAUUCAGAUUGCAACUUUGUGGGAUUAAUAUGGAAUUUAAAGUAAAAAAGAAUGAAAAACAGAAA